CUCCUAACGGUAGGCUUAACACAGUCAACUACAAACUUCUGCAGCGCACCGCGAGUGCUCUCAUUGCAACUGCGGGACAAGUUUAGGGCGAAACGGACGCAAACGGAGCGGCGAGGAGAGCCCUAGUCGGCGGGUUUGAGAAUGGCGUGGCGUCGGAACGAUUUGUGCGCUUCUUCAGAAACGGCAUUUCUAAGCCGAAGAUAAUCGGCAGCAGAGGGACGACGUCGUUUCAUUUUCAAAAAGCGGAGAGAAAUAGAGGGAGAGAGCUUAGGGGAGAGAGAAGGAGCUGAGAGCCGCACCGAAGAGACACCGCGCCGACGCCGCUCGCCUUUCAUCUCGAGAUGUUCUGUCAGACAGGACUGCGAUGGGUGCUCCUAAGUGCUUUCUUGUACACGGUGUCAACCCAGGAGGCCCGUAGACGGCCCAGACAAUGUGAAGCACCUAGAUCGGAGAGUGACAUGAACUCCUUCUUGUGGACCGUCAGGCGCGACCCCGCCUCCCCGCCCUCCUACCUGUUCGGCACGAUCCACGUGCCCUACACGCGUGUCUGGGACUUCAUCCCCGAGAGCUCCAAACAGGCCUUCCACCGCAGCACCAGCGUCUACUUCGAGCUGGACCUGACCGACCCGCAGACCAUCUCCAAACUCACCAGCUGCCAGCUCCUGCCCCACGGCGAGAACCUGGCCUCGCUCCUCCCGCGAGAACUCUACCGCCGCCUGAAGCGGCACCUGGACUACGUCAAGCACGUGAUGCCCCUCUGGAUGACGCCGGACCAGCGGGGCCGCGGCCUUUACGCCGACUACCUCUUCAACGCCAUCACGGGGAACUGGGAGCGCAAGCGGCCCGUGUGGGUGAUGCUGAUGGUCAACUCGCUGACCGAGUGGGACGUGCGUCUGAGGGGCAGCCCCGUGCUGGACCUCCACCUGGCCCAGGAGGCCGAGCGGCUGGGGAAGAGGACCGGCGCGGUGGAGCGCGUGGAGGAGCAGUGUCACCCGCUCAACGGACUCAACUUCUCGCAGGUCCUUUUUGCGCUGAACCAAACCCUGCUGCAGCACGAGGGAGUCCGAGCGGGCAGUCUGCAGGGCAGCUACACCACCGAGGACCUCAUCAGUCACUACAACUGUGGGGACCUGAGCUCCAUCAUCUUCAACCACGACACCUCCCAGCUCCUGCACUUCAAUAACAGCUCCCUGCCUGACCCUGACCGCUUCACGGCCCAGCAGAUUGACAGCUACUUCAGGCAGGAGCUGAUCUACAAGAGGAACCAGAGGAUGGCCAGCCGCGUCUCCGGCCUCAUGCAGCGCAGCCCCGCCCAGACCUUCUUCUUCGCCUUCGGCGCAGGACACUUCCUGGGGAACCACAGUGUGUUGGACAUUCUGCGGCAGGAAGGCUACGAGGUGGAGCACGCGCUUCCCGGAGAGCCGAUCACGGAACAUGUCCCCGAGCCGGAGGAGGUGACGGCGGAGCCCGGUUUGGGGACCUCAGACCCGGUCACCUGGUGGCCCCACAGCUGGGGCACCCGCGGCCCAGGGGAGGAGGAGGAGGAGCUGCCCCACCUGCUGCUGCCGGACAGCCUGAGCCAGCUGGAGGAGUUCGGCCGGCAGAAGAGACCCCGGAAGCAGCAGCGCUCCCACACCCGCCCCCGGCUCUUCAGCGACCUGUGGGUCCGCAUUGAGGCCAGCACAACUCCUCUGCCAAAUGUGAGGAUAACCAAUGGCUACGUUACCGUGGAGCCUCCAAUCACACGCCAGGGACAGCUGAGGAGACCCAGGACACACCCCCAGGAGCAGCCCCCUAGCUUAGCCACGCCCCCUGCUCCAGUGGACUCCGCCUUGCCCAGCACUAGCCACGCCCUCAGCAGCCUGGUCCUCUGUCUGAUCUCACACAUGCUGUUCACCUCCUGACCACACGGGGGAGCCCUUCACACGUCUAUAUUGACUGUCCAGAACUGCCUGUGAAAGUGCCAAAGGGGUGAAUGAGAACCGAAAGGGGCGUGAAUCUGGAAAAGCUAGCGAUUAUUAAUGCAGGUGACUUCAACCCUACUUCUGUCCUAGUUGUGUGGAGACAGUCAGAUUGAAAGUCACUGUGUUUCUAAUGAAAUAAUUUUAUGCCAGGGGUAUCAAAUCAAGGUCCACAUGGGCCAAGAACUGCUGGUUUUCCACCCUCCCUUUACCUGGGAGUCAGGUGUGAAGACAGUCUGGCUAAUAAGUAGCACUAAUUCAGUUAAUUAAUGGCCAGAUUUGAUGAUCCCUGAUUUAGCCUUUAUUUCAAGUACUUUCCCACAAAACCAACCGCAAUUUAUUAAAGUUCAUUUAUUGAAACAGUCUGCAAGGAAGCUAAUAUGUGUGUUUUGCAUUGCUGUCCAGGGGAAUCCUCAUAGAAGUGAACGGCAGUCUUGCACAGUAACAAUUUAUGAUUAUCUGUGGAAUCGUUUUUUUGGAAUAUGGUCCACACCCUCCCGUUUCAAUGCAAAACCCCUCCAAGGGGGACCAGAUGGGUAGUAACUCACUUUAAUACUUAUAGGUUAUUCACCCUGUAUGACAGACAUACUCUGGAUCUGACGUUCUCCACAAAGCUGUGGAUGCAAGUAGCGUGAGAAGAGAUUUACUGGAUCUCAAAAGUGAACGUUGUCACCUGGCAACAGACUCCCUGAAUCCUGAAAAAAUGCUAAAAGUAAUGAAUAUACAGUUCAAAAAAGUCUUAUCACCUAAAAAAUGAAGAUAAGUUAUAUUGAUAUCAUAUUAAUAAUGAUUAUUAAAAUUAUCAUAGAAAAUGUAAUUCUACUAAUGACAGUAACAAUUUUAAUAAUAAAGUCACUGAUGUUUUAUUAGGUAAAGGAAAGGGAUCCUGCAGGUUUUUGUAAAUUGUGCAUUUUGUUCAUAAAGAAAUAUUGUAUAUUUAUUCUUUCUUGAAGAGUAUAUUUUCAUGCAUUUGUUGAUUAUUGAAAUAAAAUAAAACAUGAAAAACUCUG